AUGGAGAUGGGACUACUGAACACGGAAGGGGCGCUGGUCGCCCGGGAUAAGGUUGGCAUCCAGGACUUCGUUCUCCUGGACGAGACCACGGAGACGGCCUUCAUGGAGAACCUGAAGAAGCGCUUCGAUAAGGACCUCAUCUACACCUACAUCGGCGCCCUGGUCGUGUCGGUGAACCCCUACAAGGACCUCGACAUUUACAACUCCAACCAGAUGGAUCUUUACAUGGGGGUCAACUUCUUCGAACUCCCCCCACACAUCUUUGCCCUGGCGGACACGGUGUACCACGCCAUGAUGCUGGAGCUCAACAACCACUUCAUCCUGAUCUCCGGGGAGAGUGGCGCGGGGAAGACGGAGGCCUCCAAGAAGAUCCUGCAGUACUACGCCGUGUGCUCCCCUGAGACCGACCUGCUCACCUCCGUCAGGGACAAGAUGCUCAUGUCCAACCCCGUCCUGGAGGCCUUCGGCAACGCCAAGACUCUGAAGAACGACAACUCCAGUCGCUUUGGGAAGUACAUGGACAUCCAGUUCAACAGCGAGGGAGAGGCGCUGGGCGGACACAUCCUCAACUACCUGCUGGAGAAGUCCCGGGUGGUGCAUCAGAACCACGGAGAGAGGAACUUCCACAUCUUCUACCAGCUGGUGGAGGGCGGGGAGGAAGAUCUUCUGCACCAACUUGGUCUUGAGAGAGACUGCCUGUACUACAACUAUCUCACGCAAGGUGAAUGUGCCAUUAUGUCCUCCAUCAACGACAAGAAUGACUGGAAGACGGUGAAGAAUGCCCUGAAGGUCAUAGAGGUCAGCGAGAGUGACCGGACGGACCUGUUUGGAGUGGUCGCGAGCGUCCUUCACCUGGGGAACGUGGAGUUUGACCCGGACAGCCGAGGGAACGCCAGCCUGAACAACAACACUGAGCUGCGCUGGGUCUCCACGCUGCUGGGGGUGAACGCACAGACCCUGCAGGAGGGUCUCACCUAUCGGAAGAUCAGAGCCCAACAGGAUCAGGUUCUAAGCCCGUUUACCAUCGACCACGCUAUCUACGUGAGGGACGCCCUGGCCAAGGCCAUGUACGGUCGCACCUUCACCUGGUUGGUCCGGCAGAUUAACGAGUCCAUGGAGAACAAGGACGACACAAUGAAGAUGGUUAUAGGAUUACUGGACAUAUAUGGGUUUGAGGUGUUCUAUGUAAAUAGUUUCGAACAGUUCUGUAUAAACUACUGCAACGAGAAGCUGCAGCAGCUCUUCAUCCAGCUCACACUCAAGUCUGAGCAGGAGGAGUACGAGGCCGAGGGCAUCGAGUGGGAGGCCGUCCAGUUCUUCAACAACAAGAUCAUUUGUGACCUGGUGGAGGAGAGACACCGAGGCAUCAUCUCCAUACUGGACGAGGAGUGCCUCCGACCGGGCGACGCCACAGACCUGACCUUCCUGGAGAGACUGGAGGAGAAGAUGGGAGACCACCCCCACUUCGUCACGCACCGGCUGGCCGACAUCACGACCCGGAAGACCCUCGACCGGGGAGACUUCCGCCUGCUGCACUACGCCGGGGAGGUCACCUACUGCGUCGUGGGGUUCCUGGACAAGAACAACGACCUGCUGUACAAGAACAUCAAGGACCUGAUGGGCCAGUCGAAGAACUCCAUCGUCAGGGAGGUGUUCGGCAACGCGGACGCAGACAGCCGCCGCAGGCCGGAGACGGUGGCCACCCAGUUCAAGAGCAGCCUCCUGAAGCUGACCGAGAGCCUCCUGGCUAAGGACGCCUGGUACGUCCGCUGCCUCAAAUCCAACGAGUCCAAGAAGCCAGGUAACGGGGAAACACAUCCGGUCCACUGGGUUCUACUGGGUUCUACUGGGUUCCACUGGGUUCUACUGGGUUCCACUGGGUUCUGCUGGGUUCUACUGGGCGUGAUGGACGAGGCGCUGGUCCGCCACCAGGUGAAGUACCUGGGUCUGAUGGAGCACCUGAGGGUUCGGCGCGCCGGCUUCGCUUACCGCCGGCGCUAUGAAGUCUUCCUACAGAGGUACAAGGCCCUGUGUCCGGCCACCUGGCCUCACUGGUUGGGGCUGCCCAUGGACGGCGUGCAGGUGCUGGUCCAACACCUGGGCUAUAUGCCCUACGAGUACAAGAUGGGACGAACCAAGAUCUUCAUCCGUCAUCCCAAGACUCUGUACGCCACGGAGGACGCCUUCGAAAGGUGUAAGCAUGAGCUAGCCACAAAGCUCCAGGGCAAAUACCGAGGCUACAAGGCCAAAGGAGAGUUAAAGAAGAGGAAGGAAAACGCAUUCCAGAUGGAUGUGGCCUGGAAGGCAGCUCAGGCCAGGAAGGAGGAGGAGAGACGGGAUUGGGCGGUGAAGGUCAUUAAGAAAUUCAUCAACGGUUUUAUCAAUAGAGGCGACGCCAGGUCCGCGGACAACUCUGAAUACCUGGCCUUCGUGAGACAGAGCUACCUGAACCGCCUCAAGCUCAAGCUGCCCAAAACGGUCCUGGAUAAAACCACCUGGCUCACCGCGCCGUCGGUGUGCCAGGAGGCCUCGGAGAUGCUGCGCAAAAUCUACUAUCGGCUCAUGGUGAGGAAGUACGUGAGAGGGAUCUCCCAGCAGAAGAGAGGACAGCUGCAGAUGAAGGUGGUUACCAGUGCCAUCUUCAAGGGCAAGAAGGACAGUUAUCCGCAGAGCAUCACUCGGUCGUUCCUGGACACCAGGAUCGGUGAAGCCGACAUCAACCCGAAAGUCCUGCAGAUGAUUCGUAACGAGCGUGUAAAGUACAGCGUGCCGGUGGUGAAGUACGACAGGAAGGGCUUCAAGCCGCGGCCGCGGCAGAUCCUCCUGACCACCAGUGCCGCCUACCUGGUGGAGGAGGCCAAGAUCAAGCAGAGGGUCCUCUACACGUCUCUGAAAGGAAUCUCGGUCAGCAACCUCACUGAUGACAUCGUCGUGCUGCACAUCACCUGUGAAGACGCCAAGCAGAAGGGGGAUCUGGUGUUCCAGUGUGACCACCUCUUUGAGUUCCUGACCAAACUCAGCAUGCUGGCCAACAAACAAAAUGCCUUCCAAGUAGUGAAGGGCAGCAUCACGAUUGAAAUCCAGUCGGGGAAGCAGGGAGCGGUGGACUUCACCACGGGCCCGGAGCCCCUCGUGUACAAGGACAAGAACGGACACCUGAUGGUGGUUUCCACCAGAGUGCGGGCAAGGUGAUCAGGGAAAGAUCAGGUCUGAAGCACAGGAAACCCUCUGCAUAUUUCAUCAGGAGAGGGAGAUGAGAAGGAGAGGAGCAGCUGGUUUGCAGACCACCGACCCGUGCUGCCUACAUUACCCACAAUGCAUCUGUGCUGCAUCUACAGCACAGCCCCAUCUCUGGGUUCAUGUACUGCGAUAUGGUGGCUGGUAGAAGGGUGUGCUUGAUGGCUCCAUUGUAUUGUUGCAUUGAGCGAUGGUGAAUGUUUUCAUACUAAUGGUUUUCAUUCAAAAAUAAAGCUGGGACUAGCA